GCUCUUUCCCUCUCACUGCACAUGCUGAAGACAGAUGUUUAUCAGUAUUUCAGACUUGGUGCUUCCGAUGGGUAUUGUUUUGCUGGUAAAAGAAACACCUAAGAAACUCCUAAGCUGUAAGAGCCAAUCACACUGCCAGCUCAGUGGUACUCCAAUGCUGUGGUCUUAGCAGGCAAACAUCUGCUUGACAAUCAGAGAGGCAUAAACAAAAACCCUCCUCCAGGGUACAACUUGACCAGGAGAUAAAGGUUUGACCUGCCUCCUCCACUAAGGGUGCUUGUCUUCAGAAUUUGAAGGCCUGCAUGGGAACUUGUCAGAACAAAUUUCUGUCUUCUCUGGCAGACAGCUGAACUGCAAGGGGGCCCUGCAUCCCCUUAGCUGCCCUGUAGGCCACCAGCUACAAUACCACAGCCUCUGGCCAGCUCUCAAAAGAGGGAGGGAUGAAAGAAGAAACAUGCUCCUCUCAGAAGAUGGAGAGAGGAGCAUGGGCAUGAAAAGCCCCUGAAUGCAUCUACUCUUUGGCUAUUUUUCAUUGCAUUGGACUCAGUGAUCAGAGGUGCUUCUGAUGCAUCCAGCUCUAUAGUGAUUCAAGCUACCAAUCCUGAUCAAUAAGCAGAAAGAAAGACGUUGGGAGUAGGAGGACACUCCUGUACUGCCAUAUCUCCCCCUUCUCUCUUUUUUUGCUUCUUCACUGACAAGUAAAUGGAAUUAGCUUCACUGUCAUGUGAAAGUCAUUCAUCUAAGGAGCAUAAGGCGGUACCACAGCAAGGGGUUAUAUUAUACCUGGGAAGCUGAGGGCCCAAGCAGUGGACACAAAAAUGAAGCCUGCAGCCAAGAUUUGGAGGUCCCUGAACAGAGAGAAAUUCCUUACGAGAGAACUACAAUGUGAGGGGAAGCUCUAAAUGUGUGCUCCCAGAUGGCUGAAGUGGAAAGGCAGAAAGCACCACUGAAAAGGCUGAGGAUCCACCACUCAUUCCCUGGAGGCCCAUGUUACCAUGAUGAAGGAGUCUAGGCAAACAUUUCUUAAUUUAUUCUGCAUCCUCUGGCUCUUACUUCUGCUGAAGAGUGCCUCUUCUUCCCCUCCACCUCGUGGAAAAGACCCACGACCCCCUUCCCUCCCCUUUGGGCUGUACAAAGGACACACCUGUGUUGGAUGUGUGCUUGUGGUGUCUGUCAUUGAACAGCUUGCACAGUGGCACAACAGUACAGUAAAGGCAGCUGUGGAGAGACUGUGUGACUACAUACCUGAAAAACUGCAAGGUUUCUGUUAUGUGCUUGCUGAACUUUACGGACCACACAUAGCUGAACUCAUAGACAGGAAAAUGAAUGCUGAUGUGGUUUGCCAUUCCUUGAGGCUGUGUAAACAGGAUCCAGGACAGCUGCUUUGUCAUCUCUACUCUCCUCCAAAGGUGGGACUGAGUGUUGCAAUAAGAAAAGCCAAAAGAGUUAUGAAGACUUCCAAGGACCUGAAAAGCUUCUUGGGGUUCUCGAGUGUAUGUGCAUUUCCUCUUCUGGCUAACCUGUGUGAGAAGAUUAAAUAUGUUCUAAGAAAUAAACUGCCUUUUGAAGAUUUCGAUGGAGAUAAAUUUAGUACUUUCCCAACCUUGAGGGGCUAUCACUGGCGAGGCAGAGACUGCAAUGACAAGAACACAACCGUGUACCCUGGCAGACGUCCUCAUAAUUGGGACACAAAAAGUGACUCUAACUGCAAUGGCAUAUGGGGUGUGGAUCCGAAAGAUGGAAUUCCCUAUGAAGAGAAAUUCUGCAAAGGUGCAGACUCAAAAGGCGUUGUGCUCUUGGGAGACUCGGCCGGGGCUCACUUCCACAUCCCUCCGGAGUGGAUGACCGUCACACAGAUGUCAGCGAAAUCAUUUGCUAAUCUCCCCAUGGCUUUCAGUGAUGAGCUUGACUGGCCCCAGUUCUCAGAGAUCACUGGAUUUCUGAAUUCUACCAUCGGAGGAUGGACAGACUCUCUGUAUCUACGUUUACGCAAGAGAAAUCGCUGUAACCACAGAGACCUGCAGAACAUUUCUCAAAAUGGUGGUUCUUCAGGAAACCUGCUCUCUUUAAUGAAAAGUUUGGCCAGAAACCAGCUGUUGGACAAUCCAGCCAUAGUUAUCUACGCUACAAUUGGGAAUGAUGUCUGCAACAGGGAACGUGACACACUGGCCCACAUGACCACGCCCAAAGAAAUGCUCUCCAAUGUGGUGCAAGCUCUGCGAUACUUGGAUUCCCAUCUUCCAAAUGGCAGCCAUGUGAUUUUAACAGGCUUGGUAGAUGGUCGCUUCCUCUGGGAUAACCUGCAUGACAGAUACCAUCCUCUAGGCCAGCUGAACAAGGAUGUCACGUACAGUCAACUCUACUCUUUCCUUGACUGCCUCCAGGUGAGCCCCUGCAGUGGCUGGCUGACACCCAAUGAGACCCUCAGGAAUCUGACUUCAGUGAGAGCAUUACAACUUUCCAAUGUCCUGAAAGAAAUAGCAAGAUCUGAGAAAUUUGUCAACUUUGAUAUUUUCUACAUGGAUUUCCCACUGAGACAAACGGUUGAGGAGUGGCGCAAGAUGGGAGGUGAGCCCUGGCAGCUGAUCGAACCAGUCGAUGGCUUCCACCCCAGCCAGAUUGCUGCAGCCCUUGGAACAAGUAUUACCUGGCAGAGGGCGCUACAUGAGUGGCCUCAAGUACUUGGCAAGGAGAAUCCAUUCAACGAUCAGAUUGAAGCCAUAUUCAAAGAUCAAGGUGGACACUGACUUCCGAACUGCCAGAGCCCUCACGUGAUUUAUGGUGGUGAUUCCAUGAGUCAAGAUGAUUAAAGACAACACAUAAAGAAGUGGGGAGGGAAAGUUAUCAGACCCAGUAGCAGUAGACAUAAUAAGAGCAUUCUUUUCAGUUUGUAUCUCACCUGCACAAGUAGGCUAUGCUUUUUCUGCUAUAAAAAUAAAAAUCAAAGGAUAGCAGCCAGAUAGACCAGCUUGAAAAUGUGUAUUUCUUUUAUCCAUGCAUAGAAAACUCCUACCCCUAAUUUUUUUUUUUCUUCUGCAGAACAUUUCUAGGCUAGUUGUAGCGUUUCAACAGUUAAUCUGAUCCCAGAAUGAGAGGGGGGACCCCAAAAACUCAUUAUAUUGCUAUAAAUUGUAUGUACAGUAA